AUGGAGAUCAGACAUGUUCGGGAAUCCAUCGACAAGCGAAACGCCAUGCCCUACGGGUUUGCCAGCUGGGACACCAUCGAGGACGCCCAUGCAGUCGCCUUUGCCGCUCGGAACAAACACCCCCAUGGAACCACCAUCAGGCUCGCUCCAAGACCCAACGACCUCAUAUGGGACAACCUCGGGCUGACCAAGGGCACCCUCAAGUGGAAGCGGUUCAUGAACGCCGUCUGGUCGACUAUCCUGACCGUCAUCUGGAUCGUUCCCAACGCCAUGAUCGCCAUCUUCCUGACCAACUUGAGUAACCUCGGCAAGUUCUGGCCGGCGUUUCAGACCUCGUUGAACGCCAAUCCAAAGACCUGGGGCGCCGUUCAGGGUAUCGCUUCACCCGCAAUCCUCUCGCUGGUCUACCUCGUGCUCCCCACCAUAUUCCGUCGACUCGCUACCCGCGCUGGCAAGAAGACCAAGACAGCCCGCGAGAGACAGGUCAUCCACAGUCUCUACGCAUUCUUUGUUUUUAACAACCUGGUCGUCUUCUCCCUCUUCUCCAGUGUCUGGCAGCUCGUCGUCAUCAUCAUCAAUGCAAGCAAAAACGGCGAGGAUGCAUGGAAUGCCCUGAAAAGUGGACAGGCCUUUAAGGGCUUCGUCGUCGCUCUCAUCCAUGUUGCCCCCUUCUGGGUCAAUUGGCUGCUGCAGAGGAACUUGGGUGCUGCCAUCGACUUGGUCCAGAUGAUCAACAUGGUCUGGAUCUUCUUUGCUCGCAAGUUCUUCAGUCCCACGCCUCGCAAAUACAUCGAAUGGACCGCUCCGCCGCCGUUCGACUAUGCCAGCUACUACAAUUACUUCCUCUUCUACGUCACAACGGCCCUCUGCUUUUCCACCUUGCAACCCAUUGUACUGCCAGUCACCGCAAUGUACUUUGCCAUCGACUCCUGGCUCAAGAAGUACCUCCUGCUCUAUAUCUUCGUCACGAAGACCGAGUCCGGCGGCGGUUACUGGCGAGUCCUCUACAACCGCAUCGUCUUCGCCGUCAUUCUCUCCAACUUCGUCACCGGCCUCGUCGUCAUUUCCCAGGGAACCUGGACCAUGGUAUACUCUCUCGCUCCGCUCCCGCUCAUCAUGCUCGGAUUCAAAUGGUACUGCCGCACCACAUUCGACAACAAGAUGCAGUACUACAGCCGCGCCAUUGUCACCGACCCUGAGGCCAUGCCCAACAGCAAAUCCUCCAAGAAGAUGACAGAGCGUCUGAGCUCUCGUUUCGGCCACCCUGCCCUCUACAAACCGCUCACCACCCCGAUGGUCCACGCAAAGGCUGCCGGAGCCCUGGAGAAAUUCUACCAGUCGCGUCAAGGCAUGGGCACCGAGACAGGCGAAUACUCCGACAUAGCCAUGCACCAGAUGUCCUCUACCCAGCGCGGCAAAUCACAACAACAGCCUCCCAGCCGUAACGCUCCCUUUGAAAUCGUCGCCGAAAACCAGCUUGACUUCUCCUACUUUAAAGAUCGACCUGACUUCCGCGACGAGUUUGGCGGCGGCAUCUACGGCAGACCAGACGACGUCUUCACCGAACGGUCUCACACGCCCAAGAGCUUCAUCAUGGGAAUGGGGGACUCGCCUAGCUCUUCACGCGCAUCCUCACCUACUCCAUCGACGUACAGUCAACAACAGGCUCGAGCUAGCAUGAGCUUCCCAUCCCAUUCUCACAGCCGAGUACCGCAGCUUUCAGACCACCCGGCCUUCCAACCGAACGACACUGAGGAGCCUUCGUUCUACACAGCUGCCAACGAAAGUGAACGCAGACUGCUCUCCCAUGCCCAGUCCACGCCGCUAAGACACGACGCAGAAGUAGCUUCCAUCGACAGAUGGCAGUCACAUACUUCAGACGCUCGAGAACCAAGCCCGUCCGGCUUCACCCCAUACAGAGGCCACCGCUAA